CAAGCCAUCAAGUGUCACCGUCCUGACAAUCCAGAUGCUGUGGGAAAUACCGAAAUAUUAGUCAAUUCUUCCAUCAUCGCCAUUACUACCACCACCGCCACCACCAGGUCCACCGCAACCAACGGCAACAACGCUUCAUUUCUCUCAUAAUAGCAGAAUGCAAAACGAUAUAUGCUUUAACUGUAGCAAGCCGGGUCAUUGGUCGAGAUUUUGCCCGAGCAAAACUCCCGAGAAGUCGUCACCGUCGUCCAGUCGCGGUGGAACUACCAGGAGUUCCGAGUAUCCCUUGAUCCACUGUCCAUGUGGCAAUGGAACUUGCCCCGUUUUGGUUUCUAAAACUAAAAAGAACCCUGAUAGGAGUUUCUACACGUGCCCUGUACAGGGAAGUGGAAAAUGUAAAUUUUUUAAAUGGUGUGACGAGAUCAAGACAGAAGAUACAAAGGUUCCUCCUCCUAAAUGUCCUUGUGGUGCGGGAACAUGUAAGAAAUAUGUUGAAGUUAAAGGACCCAACGUGGGUCGCAGCUAUUUUGUUUGUCCCAUAAAAAAGGGACAUGGGGCAUGCCCAUUCUUUGAAUGGGCAGAUAGUCAAUCAUACAAAGACGUAGAUGAAAAUGUAGACAAAAGCAAAGGCUAUGGCUCACCUCAAUCUAUGUGUGAUAGCCACAAGGUUUUUGACGUUCCAAACAAUGAAUUACAAACUGAGCAGCAUGAGAGGACGGAAUCCAUUGUGUCAAACCCCCAAGAUUUCCCGAAUUCUGAGGCUGUGCCUACAUCUUCAGCCCAAGCUUAUGUACUGUUGAAGGAGAACCAAGAUUCUGGUAGGGCAUCAAGAAUUUUGCCUGAAAAAGAACAUGAUCCAUCCCUACGUUUGACUCCCCAAAAUGAAAAUACUGUCCCCAAUUCUACCAAAGGUGAUCUAGUCAUGCAGGAGGUACAGUUACGGGAUUCCAAAGUGCCGAAUGCUUCAGUGGAUCAUCUAAUGUCUCAGUAUGAUAUUCAUUGCCGACAGAUGGAGUUUUGGAAGCAGAUCUCUGUUGCGGGGGCCAUUUCAACCGCAGAUGUGAUUUAUCAAAGCUUAGGUCUCCAACUGGUGGGCUGGUUGGGCAGGCUUGCUUUCCCUCCUCCACGAUGUUUAAAAGAUCGUCCUCCCAGUCCUUUCUUUUGUGGUAUAUUUCCUUCAUAUGAUCUCAUCUUCGUUCCUAAAGACAGAAAUAUGCAUAAUCCUGAAGGCUUAACUCGCUUGCCAAGCCAGUCUCUUUCCCGCAGUGACGAUGACUAUUUAUUAUUGCCAAUUCCUGGGCAUGAUCUUCAGCUCUGGAAUGGUGAUAUCCGGAAGCCAUCAGGUUCAGGUCUCAAACGUUCUUCCACUACAAUAGAGGAUGAAAAUGUUAGAGAUUUUGUUGCAAGUUUAAUUUCAAAAUCUCUUGAGGUUCUGCAUAUUCAGAAUCAGCUUGUCAUGAUUCUGAACUUGAUCAAUCCAUCUGAUUAUGAUUCCAUGAAAGAAGCUGCACGCUUAUUUUUACCUCUUCUAGAUGGCAUGCCAGUUGACAAUGAUGCAUUUUCUAGUCCUGUGAAAGAAUUCAUUGAUUCAUCUACAAGACUUUCUGCCAUAGAGCAGUGGAUCUGCAAUGAACAAUCCUCGCGAGGGUGCAGUGAGCUGUAUAACAGUGAAAAGGUUCACUUUGAUGAUAUUUCUAAGGCCUAUGAGAAGGCUGUGUCUGACUUUACUUCUUCCAGUAAACAUCUUCAGUCACUUCGAGAAGAGGCUUCACAUCUUAGGGACAUGCUAUGCCAAAUUGAGGACAAGGUGCUGUGUUGUGAGACAGAGACUUCAGAACUGAAGACUCUCGUAGAUAAGAUUAAUAGAGAAAUGCUGGAAUCCAAGAGACGCAUGCUAAAAGCUGAAGAAGCUUUGAAAGUUUGCAAGCAGAGGGAAGAAGAGGGAUGUGCGGCAAAGGCUGCACUGGAGAAUGUGAGAAUUCAACUUCAAUAGUGAUUUAUACAGCUUGUUUUUAAUCUGCAACCUUUUGUUAUUCAAAUUGUAGAUAUGUUGGGAGUAUGAAAGAAGUAUGUGGCUUGCCUUUGAGGAAGAGACAGAAACUUUGAACCUUUUUCAACUGAGAGAAGAGCAGCAAUAUGCUAUCAAGUAGCGUCAGAGAAGGCAGCUUUACAUCAUCCAGACAAUGUAGUUGACUAAGCAGCAAUAUUGUAUUUCAUCUUUAUGUAUGUAUAAUCUGAUGGGAGCCUUGUACUAACUAGUAAAUUGUAGAUGUCUCUUAUGUAAAUCCUUCCAUCCUUCUCUCUCAAUCUUUGUUCAUAGCAGCUGUAUGUUAUAGAUAAGUGAAGAAUAUUAAGUUUCUGGGGCAUUGUGGUUCCUUGCUUUUGUUUCCAGCGUCUCGCAGCCUAUUAAAAGGAAAUGCUGUCCCAUUUCGCAAGGCGGUCUAACUUUUGUAGUUU